GUGCCGACUGCAAGCAUGGGGCAGUCUGAAAGCUCACCCCUAUUAACCCCCUUAAAGACCCUUUUGAAGCAGCGGGGCUGGCGGCGAUCGGCACAGCCAUGCCGGCCGCGCGCGUGGAGUACAGGUGGCUCUCCUACCUCCUGCCUGGUCACCUGCCUGGGACUGGCCAAGCACUCCAAGUGUCUGCUCGCCUUGAUGCUGUGCUGCGGGGUGCUGGCCCUGAUUCUCAGCUGGGCUUCCCUGGCUGCAGACACCGCCGCCGCCGUGGGCACCAGUGACUUCUGCGUGGCUCCUGACACCUUCAUCCUGAACAUCACACAGGGCCAGGUUAGAACAGAGGUGACCCGCUACUACCUGUAUUGCAGCCAGAGUGCAAGCAGCCCUUUCCAACAGGUGCUGACUGUCUUCCAGCGCUCACUGACCACCAUGCAGAUCCAGAUUGGGGGGCUGCUGCAGUUUGCCGUGCCCCACUUCCCCUCGGCAGAGGGAGAUCUGCUCGAGAUCCAGCUGCUGCUGAACUCAUCUGAGGCCGGCCUUCACCAGCUGACGGCCAUGCUGGAUUGUCGGGGGCUGCACAAGGACUACCUGGAUGCCCUCACUGGCGUCUGCUACGACGGCAUCGAGGGCUUGCUCUACCUCGGCCUCUUCUCCCUCCUGGCUGCCCUGGCCUUCUCCAUCAUGAUCUGCACGGGGCCACGGGCCUGGAGACACUUUGCCACCAGGGACAGGGACUAUGAUGACAUCGACGACGAUGACCCCUUUAACCCCCAGGCCCGGUGCAUCGCCGCUUACAACCCCCCUCGUGGGCAGCUUCACAGCUUCUGCAGCUACAGCAGCGGCCUGGGCAGCCAGACCAGCCUCCAGCCCCCUGCCCAGACCAUCUCCAAUGCUCCUGUCUCUGAGUACAUGAACCAAGCCGUGCUCUUCGGCGGGAACCCACGCUACGAGAAUGUUCCGCUCAUCGGAAGAGGCUCCCCCCCUCCCACGUACUCUCCAGCAGACCCGCCGCCGCCGCCGCCGCUGCGGGCGGGUGCUCUGCGCACGGGAAGCCCCCGGGCCCGGGUGGGCUCGUACCGGGCCACGUGUGUGUGCCGUUUGGGAAGCCGCGAGCGCCCGGCCGAGGGGUGCCGGGGCGCGGGCGUCUGCGCUGCUGCCCGGGGAGCCGGCGCCGAGCCCGCGAUCGAGUAA